AUGGGCAGCGUUCAGAUAUCCGGCGACAACAUAGUUCUCGUAGAGCUGGAGGUAACCGACGACCGGUUCCCUGACGUCACCUUCACGGGCACCGCGGAAUCUGUCUACGAGGAGAUGAAGGCGCUCAAGCCCGAGGCCUUCCCCGACACGAAGGAUUCAGAUGUCGCCAAAGCGCGCUCCUUGCACAAGCGAUCAACCCUCAUGUCACCCCCGGAACUUUAG